UCCUCCUCACAAGAGCCAUCGACUGUUAAAUGGGUCAUUGGAUGGCGAUUCCCUGUCUUGGUGCUCUCUACAUUUCUGACCGGGAUACUUGUCGACGUGGCCCAUCAUAUCUAUUAUCAAAGCCUAGAGAACACCCCAGUGCAGUCCUCCAACCAGCAGGUCUGGGCCAUUAGGAUUGGAUCUGGCCUAGCAUUUCUCAAUAAAACCUGCUUGGUCGCAGUCAUGGGCAUGGUUGCCACUCAGCAGAUAUGGUUCACUGUACGACGCAAGUUCAUCACGCUGCGAGGGAUUGAUAACAUGUUCAAACUUAUGAACGACCCGACCGCCAUCUUCAAUCGUGAUUUAUUGACGCGAGCAAAAACUCUUGUUCUACUAGCCAGCCUUUCUUGGCUUGUGCCGCUGAUCGCCGUUGUCACACCAGCGACGCUUUCUGUUAGAAUAUCGCUAGAGACAACAACCAUCCCCACAAUUGUGCCAACUGUUAGUUUCGGCAACUACUUCAACUGGGUUUUGAGAACAACGGCCGAUGUGGGCCCAAGUGCGGACAUAAGCCGUCUUUUCUCUGCCACAUGCUCAUCAGUUUCAUACCUACCAUUGGCAGCGCCGUUCCCCAACUCAUCCUAUGAGCUUAGCUAUUGGGCUCCAACUUACAAGUGCGGCAACCUUGACGAGUUUCUGGCUGAACUGAUAUCCCCCUCUUGGGAGCGGUGGAACUGGAUGUUAGACCCUGAUCCAUCAUCAUUCAAGGAAGCUUGGGACGAGGAGAUUAAACUACAGCCAGACCAUGCCUACCUGGCCGUGAUUCCCGAAAGAACACCAAAUGCCUUUUUCAUCUGGGCGGCGGGAACCGGCUCUGGUUCGGGCAACUCAUCGAACGGCACCAAGAUUGUUUGCCAUCUUUACAACACCACUUAUGAACUAUCUAUACGCUUUGACAACGGCGUCCAAUCAAUUAUACCUGUCAAUAUCUCUUAUCUACAUCCACAGGGGUGGACCUACGAUUACGGGCCAGACCUACCUGGCGAUGACGACGAGACAAUCACAUCUUGGAUAACAAGACGUCUAUUCAGCUCCCUUUUGUCAGGGAGCAUAAUCAUAGAUGGGGAGGAUGAAUCCAUCAACACAGAUCCGGAAGGUAAACUCAACUUCAUUGCAGAUUCCGAAUCACAAAUGCCCUUAUUAAAUUCGGGGCUUAUUAGCUGCCCUGAAAUGUGGAAUUCGAGCAUAUUCAACCAGACUUGGUUUCAUCAACCCAGUGGUUUUGGCAGCUGUCGUAAUCAAUCUCUGGCCAAAGCGAUUGAGGAUCUGUCGAGGAAUUUUACAUACAGCCUGAUGACUUUCCAGCAAGACAACCAUGUAUUCAAUGCUAUUGUUCCAGUUGCAAUGACCGCUCCCCACAAUCUGUAUUCUUACGACAAGACAACCCUGGUGGCCACCUAUGUAGCAGGCAUAUGUGUCGUCUUUUUUUGGAUAGGUAUCGGAUAUAUUACUCUCUGGAGUAACGGUAUUGUAAGUAGCACGUCUUUUUCAGCCAUACUUCUCACUACGAGAAAUACCUACUUCGACAGUCUCGCGAAAGGAUACUCGGUAGGGUCGGAUACACUCCCCGACGAGAUUGGCAACGUGCGGCUGAAAUUUGGACGCGUGAAUAAUGAAAAACUGGGAGAGCACGCUGCAUUUGGCAUUGACGGAACUGUCACUAAACUUCAGAAGGGA